AUGACUACUGUUGAAAAGAUUAAGGCCAUCGAAGAUGAGAUGGCCAAAACUCAAAAGAAUAAGGCUACUUCUUUCCAUUUAGGUCAAUUAAAAGCUAAGUUAGCCAAAUUGAGAAGAGAAUUAUUAUCAGAUAGCACCCCUGGAGGAGGUGGUGGUGGUGGAGCCGGUUUUGAUGUGGCAAGAACAGGUGUAGCAACUAUUGGUUUUGUGGGAUUCCCGUCAGUUGGUAAGUCUACUUUAUUGUCGAAAUUGACCGGUACCCAUUCAGAAGCUGCUGCAUAUGAGUUCACUACAUUAACGACUGUUCCAGGUAUAAUCAAGUAUAAGGGGGCCAAGCUUCAAAUGUUGGAUUUGCCAGGUAUUAUUGAAGGUGCUAAGGAUGGUAAAGGUAGAGGUAAGCAAGUUAUUGCAGUCGCAAGAUCUGUCAAUUUAUUGUUUUUGGUUUUGGAUGUCAAUAAGCCAUUACAACACAAGAGAAUCAUUGAGUACGAACUCGAGGGUGUAGGAAUAAGAAUCAACAAGGAGCCCCCAAAUAUUGUCAUUCAAAAGAAAGAAAGAGGAGGUAUUAAUAUCACGAGCACUUCGCCAUUGACCCAUUUAGACAAUGAUGAAAUCAAAGCGGUUAUGGCAGAAUAUAAAAUCAACUCAGCCAAUAUCGCCUUCAGAUGCGAUGCCACGGUGGAUGAUUUGAUCGAUGCUAUUGAAAUAAAGUCUAGAAGAUACAUACCUGCGAUUUAUGUCUUAAACAAAAUCGAUUCUUUCUCCAUCCAAGAAUUGGAUUUAUUAUAUAAGAUUCCAAAUGCUAUCCCAAUAUCAUCAGGCCAGGGCUGGAAUUUGGAUGAUUUAUUAGAAAUGAUGUGGGACAGAUUGAAGCUUGUCAGGGUCUACACCAAGCCAAAGGGUAAAUUACCAGAUUUCAACGAACCUGUGGUUUUGAGAAACGAUAGAUGCACAGUCGAAGACUUCUGUAAUUCUAUCCACAAAUCGUUAGUUUCUGAUUUCAGAAAUGCCUUGGUUUUCGGAACUUCUGUUAAGCAUCAACCUCAAAUUGUGGGUUUGGGCCACGUCUUGGAAGAUGAAGACGUGAUUACAAUUUUGAAAAAAUAA